AUUAUAUGUGUUCUCAAACUGAGAGAGUGUGGCAGUGCUGCCACCCCCCAUCUAAUUUUUUAAUAUCAUAAUCAAUGUCUUGCUCAUGGCCUUGUUGUAUCUUGUAUGUGUGCUGCGAUGGGGUGCUAUUGUUUGCUGACUGAUCAGUGUUCUGCAUCAGUGAUUUUUCAACUUGGGACUUGCAUUUGACCUAAAAAAUACACUGAAAUGGAAGCACAAAAUCCUUCACAGGCACUAGCCUUAAGUUCACUAAUUCGUUCUCUUUCAUUUCUUUUGAAGAUUCAUUGCUAAUAGGGUAGGAUCUGUGAGGCACAAAAAAAAUCACUGCUCAGUACAGUGUGAGCUGAUGUGAUGGAUGUUUUAUUUGUGAGUUGUGUUAACGUGAUACAAAGUCAUUUUAGAAUUGGUGCUGUGCUUGUAUGGUGCUGCUUCAAUUCUGACAAAUGGAUUUCUCCAGUCUUCUGUCCCCCCUAGACAAGGGUUCUGUUUGCACUUACAGAAUGGGAAGAAAGAGCUGCUGUUAGAAGACUGCUAGAGAUUCUGAAGUCAUUUGCUAAUCAAGGACUAUGGUAUUGCUUAUUGGGGCUGUAUGUUAGUAUUUCAUUUUACUAUGAGAAUCUGCAAUUCCUGUUUCUGGGAAGGGUCCAACUUGACUGGGUAACAUGAAAAUGUCCAAGGCUAAGCUAGCUUUUAAGGAGAUUGUCUGAAAAGGAAGAACAUAGUCUUUACUAAAAUCAGGAAGGCUGAAGUAAGUAGGACUAGGACUGUAAUAGCCUGCUGCAGCAGACACACCACCAGUUUAUUAGCUGUUGUUCACUUCUAUGAAAGUUAACAGCCUCCUGUGUAGAGUUCUUAAAUGCCUGGCUAAAACACUUUGUAUAAUCCCACUUCCUUUGACACAAGAGCAAUCACAGGAUCAAGUUAGGAUCAAGAAAACCAUCAGACUCAAAGAAUGUGGUUAGUUCUUGCGCAUUAUGCCACACAUACAGUUAGAAGCUGUUUUGCUUGUGUGAUCAAUCCUGGACACAGUUCACAGUUGGGAAAGCAAAGCAGAGUUGUUCUUUCUCAAUCAAUUGUUUAUAAAAGGCAAAUAGUGCUGUCAGACUGCAAAUUAAAUCCUGGGGCACCUGGUUUCCAGCCCUGCUUAGGAGUCUGCCCAUCCCUCAUAUUGCAAAUAAGUAGUAUGGAUCCUUCCUCUUAAAGGACAGGAAGAUUACACAUCCCCACAGAAUGCCUGGUGUUGAACAGAUUUACCAUAAGCUAUUUAUUUUCUGUACCCCAUUUUCUGGCAGUACCAUACUGUGAAGGGGGUUUCUUGACACAAAACUGCACUGAUGCAGCCCUCAGUUGUUGACUGACUUUUCUUUAGGUGGAACUCCUUUCAGGUGGUAGGAAGAAGGAAGCUCAUGUUAAAAAAGAAAAUGGUCAUAUAUCUGAUUCUCAAGAGAUAAAAAACUGUUUUGGGUGGGUUGGGUUUUUUGUAGGUUCUGGGCUUUUUAAGCAGCCAUACAACACUAUAUUGUACUUGCUGAAUUUAGGAUAUUUGGGUAGAUGAAGCACAGACCCAGAGAACUUUGCUUAUAGUCUUGGCCUUAACGUCUCCUGCCUUCAGCAUGUUGACUGCUUUUAUGCUGCCCCUCUUCCCCAGUCCAUUCUGAAUUUCCCAAAGCAAGCCCUACGAGUCAGCCUGUUCCUUAGACUAUGAUUACUUGUUCAAUAUAAAGCAGUUGCCAACACAUUUUUUCUGUCAUAAAUGGGCCAGAUAAAUGUGAAUACAGCAGGAGAAUUUAAGAUGAGAUUCUUUUACAUCACUAGACUUCCAGUUUGAAAUAGCUAAAAGGCUUAAGGAUGAUCUAAGGAUCUUAGUACUUAAUAAUAGUGGCUGCUUUAUAUAAAAGAAGUUUUGGAUUCUGAUUUAAGUAGUCAAUAAUGCUGUUUAUUGGAGCAAAGGCCAUUUGUUAGGCUAUUGAAGGUUAAACCAGACUAGGCUGUUAGAUGUUGGCUACACUGGAAACCAUCAACUCACUAGCAAAAAGACACAACUAAAGAUACAUGGCUACUAGAAAGUUAAAGAGAUUGUGUUGGAAGACGAAUUUUGCCUAACUAAGCAGUGUAUGUGCAGGAACUGAAGUUGUUGAUGCGCAGUGGUCAUUAAUGGUUUUACUGAAUGUGGUUUUCUUUCUUCUAUGCAGUUGAAUUCUGUAAGAGAAGUUGCCUAUUUUUUAUGCUGUAGUAGUUUGGCAAGGUUUUCCUAUUGGCAGGUACCAGGACAGAGGCCUUUCCAGAGAGCUGUUCAGCUCCUCCAAAUACUGACAUUUCAGUUGAGAGAUGAACUCCUCAAGUUUGCAUUUCUGAUAUUUAUGUCCUCUCUUUUGAAGGGAAGGAGAACUUCAGGAAACCUGUCAAGGACUGACUUUCUAGGCUUGUGAGACAUCACCAGGGAGCAGUGCACAAUGUCAACUGCAGGAGUUGCUGCUCAGGAGAUGAGAGUCCCAUUAAAAACCGGAUUUCUUCACACUAGUCAAGGCAUGGGGAGUCUGAAAACCUGCUGGGGUAGCCACAGUGGAUUUGAAAAUACUUUCUUUAACGUGGACCCUAUAGCAGUGGCGUAUAAUUUGAACCCAUCAACAGAGCCACAUUUACCAUCCAUUGGGCACUCUUCCAACCACGCUUCUGUGAAUGACCACACCUUUGCUGAAACUUGCACCCAAGUCCCAGCUCAGAAAUCCAGUCCACCUCCUGUAAGUCCCAAAACUGAACAGCCCAUUUCAAGAUAUGAAGAGCAUCUCGUUCCUGGCUUCAGUAAACUGUCAUUAACCAUGGGCUGUGUUUCUGAAGAAACACCUCCUCACAUGCCAAUAAAAAACGGGCCAAUUCAGUUUCUGUCUGCAUCUUCCAGUGACCGGAGUUCCAGGCCACUGCCCCCUCUGCCUAUUUCUGAAGACCUUACUCCAGAUGAGGUUGACAGGGAGGUGGAAUUCCUCACUAGCUCAGACACUGACUUUUUGUUAGAAGAUUAUGAACUUCCUCCUUUUAAAUCCAGUGCUCCAAGCCGGCGGAGCUUUAGGGGCUGUGGACAAAUCAACUACGCAUACUUUGAUACUCCAACAGGACCAAAACCAGAAGAUGCCAACCCUACGCAAAGCCUAAGUGGAUACAUAUCCAGUAUUUAUCCUCCUCCACAGCAGCUGCAUCGACGUUUGCGAAGGUCCCAUUCUGGGCCAGCUGGAUCUCUUAACAAACCAGUAGUAAGACUAUCUGGACACUUAAACAGGUCUUCUCCAAACUCUGAUGAAGAUAAACCAGAGAUUCCACCAAGGGUUCCCAUACCUCCAAGGGCUCUCAAACCGGAUUACAGAAGGUGGUCAGCAGAAGUUGCUUCUAGUGCAUACAGUGAUGAAGACAGGCCUCCAAAAGUGCCCCCCAGAGAACCUUUGUCACGCAGCAAUUCCCGCACGCCAAGUCCCAAAAGCUUGCCAUCAUACCUCAAUGGGGUUAUGCCCCCCACCCAGAGUUUUGCACCUGAUCCUAAGUAUGUCAGCAGCAAAGCUCUGCAAAGACAAAAUAGUGAAGGAUCUUCCAACAGGGUCCCCUGCAUUCUUCCGAUCAUUGAAAAUGGUAAGAAGGCCAGUUCAACGCACUACUACCUGCUGCCUGAGAGGCCUCCCUAUUUGGACAAGUAUGAGAAAUUCUUCAGAGAAGCAGAAGAAAGUAGCUCUACCACAGAGGUUCAGUCGUGGUCUGAUGACUGCACAGCCACUUCAGCCCCAGCCAAACUGGACUCAAAACCUAGAGUGGACAUAGCUGGUCAUCUGAAACGGAAACAUCUGUCCUAUGUGGUUUCUCCGUAGCCUCUGGAAGCAGGGUCUCAGCUCAGUUGUUCAGGAUGGAGCUCAACUUUAUCGUGUUACAAAGUUCUUCAGGUUCUCAGAUAAUGAAGUAGGACCAGUUUGUCCCCCGAGAACUGGAAAGUGGAUGUAAAGUCCCCUUAUGCUGCGUAUCUCUGAUAUGUUUCUUAAGACUUUUUUUGUCUUGGUAUGUAUAGCUGAAAAUCUACAGAGAUUCCAUAGAAACAUAUAGAGAGGUAGUAGUCACAGUUGGCCAGUUAUAUGCUACCUAGAUGAACAUAUUUGGUAGUCAUGGUAUUAAAGAAUUAAAUCAAUCUAGCUUUGCUUACGAGUCACUUACAAAGCUACAACAGGGCAGAUAAUGCAGUACAGGUUUUGUAUCAGGCAUUUCCAAAAGUGCUUUCACACAGGAGCUCUGCUGAGAACAGACUCUGUCCUCUUAGACUAGGAUAUGCCAACCUGGUGAGAAGGUAGCUGCAAGAUCUGAUAUCCACUUCAAGACUUGGCAAGCAUAUUGGAAGUGCAUUUCGAAAGAUUAACCUAUUUUACAACUUGAUUUGACACUAAGACUUCUAAAGUGAGUUAGGUUUUGUGGAUUCUUUCAGUUGCUAGACAACACUUGGCUCAAUUUUGCAGUUUUUCCUAGGAGAGACUUGGACCAGCUACUGCUAAGCCUCUACUGCUGCUCUUUUCCUGCUGGAUCCUAAAAAUGUGUGAAAGUGGCCUGAAAGUGGCAGAGGAUACGAGCAGCUCUACAGCUGCUAUAGGGCAGGCAGCAACAACAACAUGCUUACCUAGAGUCUGGAAUUCUGACUGUAUUAAAUACAGAAACACAGCACAAGCUGGUCUUGUGGUUUGAGUUCUGUUCAGUAUUUUAAGGGAGGAGAAAGAUAUGAGGAAAAAAACGUGAUUCCAUUUAUGAACAGUGUCAGUCCCAUCUCUCGCUGCUUCAGAUGCUGCUUCUUGCUGUUCAGUUUUUCCUCAUUGUGCCUCAGCAAUCCAUUGUUCAUUGAGGUGCCACAUUUGUGCUUUGGCAGUUUCUCGUGCUCAUUUUGAUUACAUUUAUCCUCUUGCGGAUAAGCACAAGAGACAGGGUGCUCCUUAACGGAGGUGCAGAAGAUGAAUGUGUUCCUCCACAGAAAGAAACAAGCUGUUUACAGUUUAAACUGCUGAAUGAGGUGUUUGAGCUAUUUUAAAGCUUAAUUUUUAUUUGUUUUAGUACAAACUAAAUGAAGGUGAAAUACAUGCUAUAGAAAUGCACUGAUAUUUCUGCAUUGUGUACAGUAUUGAAUAAAAAAAAUCACUUUGUAUUUUGAAUAUUGUCAUGUCUUGAAUUUAAUAAAGUUAUAAAAUAUUUAUGAUA